UUUUCCCUUUAUUUUUUAUUUGUCUCAAUCAUUCAAAUCCCAUUAAAUCCAUUCUUUAUUUAGUUUUUCUAUUACACAAUGUCCUUGAUUCGCUUUAUCAAGUACAGUCUGAAACAAUCCCCGCGGCAAAAUUUUGAAAUCUACCGCAAACUGGAUGAUGCCAAGUGGGGCAAACUUGUCGGCACUGAUGAACUAGGCAACCGCUACUUCUUCAACCCUCAGGAGCGCUACGGUCGCGAGCGUUGGUGCAUUCCGGGCGCCAAAACUUCGGAAAUGGACGCUAGCCAGAUUCCGCCGCGCUGGCAUGCGUGGUUGCAUCGGACCACGGAUGAAGUGCCCAAGGCUACGGCUGCUGAGGAUAGUGCAUAUAUGCAGAGACCAAAGUGGAUGGCGUACCCGCACUAUCAGAACUUUACUGGCUCUAAAAAGGCCAACGUUACUUAUAACACGGUGCGCCCAAAGUAUGAGGCAUGGCAGCCAUCCGUUAUUGACCGCCAGUAGACAGACGACACAGCUUAGCACAUUAUAUGCGAUUGUUUUUUAAAUACCAAUUCGAUUAGAUAUGUAAAACGUGG